AUGGCAACCACUAGUCGCAGACUCCGGCCUCCGUCCCCAAAUAUUGAUCGGAGCCGGAGUAUAUCUUCCUCCAUCUCUCUCCCGGUGUCCUUGAACGCCUCGUUAUCGUCUUCUACGUCCUCCUCUUCUUCCUCUUCGCCUUCCAAUUCAAGCAAACGAGUGAUGAUAAGCAGAUCACACUCCACUACACGAUCCUCCAGACCCACCGGAUCAUCCAACUCGAAACCCGGCGAGAGUAUAAUUCCUGCGAGAAACAGCGCGUCGAGAUCACACGAGGCGAGCAACGGUAGAAGCAGAGAGGCAUUCGCUAGGUACUUGGAGCAACGUGACCGUGGCAGUCCUCGUAAUAACAACGCUUCAUCGAGAGGGGUAAAAGCGGGAGGCGUCUCACCAUCGGCGUGGGCGUUGUCCUCGGGGAGAGUUUCCAUUAUGAAGACGCCUCCGUCCAGCUCAGCUCCGGCGGCUCCAAUGUGCAUGACGCCGCCUGAGUCACCUGUAAGCAAAGCCAAGGUGAGAAGCGGUGGCGGUGGAGCUGUGGCCGGAGUUUUGAAGUACUUCAUGGCGCAGAAGAAAGUAUCUCCGGUUCAAGAAGAGGAGUAUCACCGGUUUAGGGUAUUUCAAAACAGAUUACUUCAAUGGAGGUUUGUUAACGCAAGAGCUGAAGCUACUGUGGCUAAACUUAAGAUCAACGUUGAGGAUCAGUUGUUUUGGGUUUGGCUAAGGAUAUACAAAAUGAGGAACUACGUAGUGGAAAAUAUGAUCGAAGUUCAAAGGCUUCGUCAAGAAAUCAAAUUACGUCAAGUGCUUAGCCUCCAAAUGCCUUUACUCAAUGAGUGGUCAAAACUAGACGCAAAAAACUCCGAAGCGUUGAGCAAACUAACUCGAAAACUCCAUGCUUUGUCUCUCCGUUUACCCCUCCUACAUGGUGCCACGAUAGAUGUGGUGUCCAUACAUGAAGAAAUGGUCGUAGCUAUACAAGUCAUGGACGAGAUCGAAGACGUCAUCAUCAAAUUUCUCCCACGACAGGUUGAAAUAAUCUUAUAUGAGCUGACAGAAUUGAUCGGCAUGUUCAAUCAAGAAUUGCUGUAUUUUGAAGAAAUUGAGAAGAGCCUUUUCUCCAUUCCUAUCUUUGCGGCCAAGGAAAGUAGCUUGAAGGUCCAUGUUCUCCAGAAGAAUGAAGAACAGAGAAAACCUUUGCAAAAUUUAUAAUAUUUUCGUCUAAUACACCAAGAGUUGAGCUUGUGUAACUAAAUGUUAAUUGUAUUUGCCAAUGAACAAGU